CUCUCAGACUAAUGAUCUUGAAUCAUUUGAAACUUGUUCUUCUGAACAGUUUUGAGUUACUUGAGAAGUCCGAGUCCAACUAGCCGAGUUUUUAAACACUGGUAUAAAAAAUACAAGUAUCUCAUAUAUACUCAUAUCCAAGACAUCUGCAAUGGACUGUCGGCCAAAAUUAGUGGGCAUAACAACAUCAAUAUGUAAGUUAUGAUGUCGUUGUCUUAUAUUGAGGAAUCUUUUGACUACGAGGGAGGUAAAUUGGAGGCGAGAAAGAAGUAGAGAGAUGUGACCACAUGCAUCAUCUUAUGAUAUUAAUCAGGUUUCUAAGUUUUCAAAGAGCCUGAUUCAAACAAAAGUACUUACAUGCAAGCACCAUACAUACAUAUCUCCCUCCAUACAUGCAUGAAAUUAGCACAUUCAUAAACAAAUACAUGCAUUAUAUCUUAACCACAUCUAGUUGUGAUAAAGCUCCGAUGAUGAUGAAGACGUCUUUGUUGUAUCGAGGUAAUCUAAAUUAACUAUAAAAUGGUAGAUCAGAGUUAACAUCUCAAGUUCCCUCUUUCAAAUAAUCUUUUGACACCAUUUUUGUGAUAACUUUUUUUUAAAAGGCUAUUUUUUAUUUUUUAUUUUUUUCUUCAAUGACUCGAUGACCCCUUAACCAGGUAUAAAAAUGAAGCUUGGGAUCUAGCGUCACGAACUAAUCGCCAAACACAUUAGCCAUUUAACCCAAGCUCGUUUCCUGUAACUUUUGCUAUAACUAAUCCAAUUUUUUAGUCAUUUAACACGAUCUUGUUUUCUGUGAUUUUUGCUAUAACUAAUAAAAAAUUUCUUGAAUGUUAACUAAUCCAAUUUUUCUUAAAUGCUAACUAAAAAAUUCCUUUCUUUUGUUGCAAGCAUUUUGUUGCCUCUCAAAUGAUGUGGCUUCCGACCCGCUGGACCACCAACCUGCCCAAAAAGUCGCCGUGGUCCUACAAGUGAAACAGGGAAACAACCGAAACUUUACCGGCCGUACGAUAAAACGACGGACAGUUGCCGAUUCCCUUCUACCAUUCACGCGAAGCCCAUUCACUUGAAGAAAUUGAAAGUCGCGUUUGGAAGCCUCCCACUGUCCAUGUAAUAUGCAUAUAAAUAUAGCUGUCGCCCACUUAGCAGAAAUAUUCCCAUCUCCAUCUCUACGAUUGUUAUUCCCUUUUUUGCCAUUUUUAAUGCUAGAGAGAGAAAGAGAGGAGAGAGAGAGAGAGAGAGAGAGAGAGAGAGAGAGAGAGAGAGAUAGAGAGAGAGAGAGUAUUUUACCAUGCAUGCGUAAAGCGCGCUCAGCCACCCAGUUGAAAACCCAAUGACGUCUGUGGAGUUUCAGGAAACAUGAGGAGUUUCUCUCUCGGAAGCCGUUCAAGUUUCAGGAAAAAUUCUGGAGAGCUCGAUGAUAUGGCUCGAACCAGCAGCAGUGGCGGAGGGGCAAUGCUGCCUCUCUUCUUCAGCGACCUAGCUGCGGCCGGCCCACAAGAGCUGGUGGAGCUCACCCUUGAAAUCGACAAUGGCGACUCCCUGCUUGUAAUGGGCGGCAAUGCUGAAGACCACGACGACUCAACACCGCAAUCAGACUCGAUGAAGGCCGCUCUGUUCGGGAGGAGUGGUUCGAAGAGAGUUGCAGAGAGGGUGCGUUGCGUUUCUCAUGAGUUUGUGACUGAGCUUCGACGGUUUGCGCGGGCGAGAUCGCUGUCAGGUCGGUCGGUGACGACAGAGGAAGCGCCAGUCACAGACGCGAGGGCAGCGCGGAGGGUGCAAGCGCGGCUCGAGAGGACGCGAUCCGGAGCGAAGGAGGCGCUCAAAGGGCUGAGAUUUAUAAGCAAGACGGCCACCGCCGGCGGUGGUGAUUCCGGGGAGAUGUGGCCGCAGGUGGCGGCGAGGUUUGACAAGCUCGCUAAGGAUGACCUCCUCUGCCGCCAUGACUUUGCAGCCUGUAUAGGUAUGGAUGAUUCUAAGGAGUUUGCAGGGGGCGUGUUUGAUGCAUUAGCAAGGAGGCGACAUCAAAAGAUAGAGAAGAUCACAAAGGAGGAGCUCUAUGAUUUUUGGUUACAAAUAUCCGACCAGAGUUUCGAUGCUCGCCUCCAAAUUUUCUUUGACAUGGUGGAUACAAAUGCUGAUGGGAAAAUAACGAGAGAGGAAGUUCAAGAGUUGAUAAUUCUCAGUGCUUCAGCAAAUAAGUUGUCAAAAUUGAAGGAACAAGCUCAAGAAUAUGCCACCCUGAUCAUGGAAGAACUCGACCCUGAAAGCCUCGGUUACAUUGAGUUGUGGCAACUCGAGGCAUUGCUAUUGCAAAGGGAUAACUACAUGAAUUAUAGCCGCCCACUAAGCACUACAAGCCAAGCUUGGAGUCAAAAUAUUGGGUUUAAGUCCAAGAAUCUCGUCCGAAGAAUAAGUAGUAGCAUCGGGUACUUUUGGCAAGAGAAUUGGCAAAGGGUGUGGAUACUGUCAAUAUGGAUGCUUAUAAUGGCUGGCCUAUUUGCAUGGAAAUUCAUGCAAUACAAGAAGAAAGCAGCGUUUGAAGUGGUGGGGUAUUGUUUGCUCACUGCCAAAGGCGCUGCCGAGACCCUCAAACUGAACAUGGCUCUGGUGCUUUUGCCGGUGUGCAGGAACACACUCACAUGGCUCAGAUCCACCAGAGCCCGCCUAUUUAUUCCUUUCGACGACAAUAUCAAUUUCCACAAGAUGAUCGCCAUCGCCAUAGUAAUGGGAAUCCUGUUACACGCAGGGAACCACAUCGCCUGCGAUUUCCCCCGCCUCGUUCAUGCUUCUCCAUCACAGUUUGAUUUAAUCGCCUCCGAUUUCAACAGAGAGAUGCCAACUUACAAAAGCCUAUUUGGAGGAGUAGCAGGCAUUACUGGAAUAGCAAUGGUGGUUUUAAUGGCUAUUGCCUUCACAUUGGCAACUCGAUAUUUUCGAAAGAACGCAGUGAAGAUACCACCACCAAUUAACAGACUCACAGGUUUCAAUGCCUUUUGGUACUCCCACCACCUUCUGGCCAUUGUCUACCUCCUCCUCAUUGUCCACAGCAAUUACAUGUAUUUCGUCCACAAAUGGUAUGAGAAAACGACUUGGAUGUACCUCUCUGUCCCUUUGAUACUCUACCUGGGCGAGCGGACUCUUAGAACCCUCCGAUCCAAAUCGUUUGCAGUUAAAAUCCUCAAGGUAGCAGUAGUUCCAGGAAGGGUUCUAACCCUGGUCAUGUCAAAGCCCCAAGGAUUUCGCUACAAAAGUGGGCAGUACAUAUUUCUUCAAUGCCCUGCAGUCUCUCCAUUUGAGUGGCACCCAUUCUCCAUUACUUCUGCCCCGGAUGAUAGCUAUCUUAGUGUGCACAUUCGAACAAUUGGAGAUUGGACUGAAGAACUAAAACGAGUCUUCGCGGAGACUUGUGACUCUUCGUCUGUGAUAGGGAGGGCUAAAUUCGACGACCAAGGAAGAAUUGAUCAGAAGAGCUUGCCUCGAUUACUAGUGGAUGGGCCUUAUGGAGCGCCAGCACAAGACUACAGAAACUAUGACGUUCUACUCCUAGUUGGGCUUGGGAUUGGAGCCACCCCAUUCAUAAGCAUUCUCAGAGACUUGCUCAACAACAUCAAACUAUCUGAAGACCAAACGGAUACAAACACAGACUUCAGUAGAUCAGAUGACAGUUCAAAUAGUUUCAUAUCCAUGGCAAGCUCCAAGAAGAAACAGCCACAAAGAACCACACAUGCCCAUUUCUACUGGGUCACGAGAGAGGCAUCCUCUUUUGAGUGGUUUAAGGGAGUAAUGGAUGAAGUCGCCGAGAUGGAUCAGAAGGGAAUCAUAGAGAUGCACAAUUACCUCACAUGCGUCUAUGAAGAGGGGGAUGCAAGAUCCACCCUACUCACCAUGGUCCAGGCUCUCAACCAUGCUAAACAUGGUGUCGACAUUGUCUCUGGCACAAGGGUACGAACACAUUUUGCUAGGCCAGAUUGGAGGAAAGUGUUCACCAAAAUAGCCUCCAAGCACCCAUACAAAACAGUGGGUGUGUUCUAUUGCGGCAUGCCUGUUCUAGCCAAGGAGUUGAAGAGAAUGUCCCAUGAAUUGAGCCACAACAGUGCCACUCGAUUCCAGUUCCACAAGGAGAAUUUCUAAGAGAGAAAACCCCAACAACUAACCCUCCCCUUCUACCCCGCUUAUAAAAGGGUAAUUUUGUAACCAGUCCUCCCCAAAUGUUAUAAUUCAAUAUGUGUAUAUAUAUUCAUAAGUUCAAAAACACAAUUAUAAAAAAAAAGUUAUUAAAA